AAUGGAAAUAACUGUUACAAAGAAAGAUGGCAAAUCAGAAAAAGUUCACUCUAAAUUAGGUGGAGAUGGACCUUUCGGAGCUUUCUCAGCUGAAAAAGCUAUGAAAAAGCUUGUCAAUUUUAUUGAAAAUUGAAAAAAGACCUAGUUUUAUCAAUUUUAAAUAUUUAAAGACCUAAUAUGAAGAGUCC